AUGGUUUUAACUCAGCAGGUUGAGACAUGCGGCAGCUUCAGACCUGCUGCUCUCCAGUCUCGCUCUUGUGAACUCUGCGGCCACAGCUGGGUCCUCCACGGAACCCUAAAGAUCCACUACAAUGCGGUGCACCUGAAAAUCAAACACCGUUGCACAGUUUCUGGCUGCACCAUGGUCUUCAGCUCUUUACGAAGUCGCAACCGUCACAGCGCCAACCCCAAUCCUCGACUCCAUACCUGCUCUGGGCAUCACAACAUGGACGACAGCCUGUUCAGCAAAAAUCCACCAAACGCUACCGACAAAACAGAAGACGAUGAACUUUGGGACAGAGGUUUUUCCAUGUGUACACCUGUGUGGACCGCUACCUGGCCGUGGUACACCCAAUCGCGUACCUGCGCUUGA